UCGAAAUACUCUCGAAUGUUGGUCGUUGCUUUGGUACGGGAGAGAUGCUGGUUAACGUGAUCGUAGUGCGUAUUUUUCUCUCUCUCUUUCUCUUUAGCUGACUAUACGAGUACGACGAUUCGGUGAUUCGGUGCUACCUUCGGCUCUAUUUUUAUCACGUUUUUGUCGCUCCCUGUUCGCCAGAUUCGCUGUGUGUUGGAAUUUCGUAGAUUCGAACGUGAAAUAGACGAAGCCGCAACGUGGACGAGUCGUUUCGGGUUGUGAAAUUUUUGAAAUUUUUCACCAGUGAUGCGACCCUACUCGCAGGAAUCGCAUGCGUUCGCGAGUACCAUCGCCGAUUAUGUGGGUUUUUCCGAUCGUCGUCGUCGUCGUCGUCGUGUAUAUUACGUUUCGAUAAUAUGAAAUGAAGGGUUUAUUUUACGCCGCGGUGAUCUUUCGAAUAGUAUCGUUGUACGUGGUGUCAUCGGCCGAGAAGGAAGACUGGUACACGGAGAUCAUCACUUUGAAGCAGGGUGAUAUACGAGGCCGCAUCAUUAAACCGAAACGUAACUCGUUUCUGGGCGAAGUCGAGGUGUUCCUUGGUAUUCCAUAUGCGGCCCCACCGGUGGCCAAUUUGAGAUUCAUGCCACCGACCGCUCCGCUCCAGUGGUCCGGUACGUUGGAUGCGUUCAACAUGAAGCCGGUUUGCCCUCAAAUGGUGCCAAAUUUGGAUAGCCAGGCUCAAAGGAAGAUGUCGCCGGAGCGGAAUAAUGCCAUCAAAAGGAUGAAACAGUUUUUGAAAAACGAGAGUGAAGACUGCCUUUAUAUGAAUAUUUAUAAGCCCAGACCUCAGAGUAGAGAAGAAUCGUCCAGUCAAAAUUACCCGGUGAUAUUAUUCAUUCACGGAGAAUCGUUCGAAUGGAACUCCGGUAAUUUAUACGACGGUUCAGUCAUAGCCAGUUUUGGAAAAGUGAUCUUCAUAACGAUUAAUUUCAGACUGGGAAUUUUCGGGUUCUUGAAAGAAGGAAUCAAGACGACACCUGGUCGUACGAAUUUCGGACUCUCGGACCAAAUAGCUGCGUUGCAGUGGAUCAAAGGUAACAUCGCCGAGUUCAAAGGUGAUCCUUCUAAUGUGACCGUGAUGGGCUUUGGAACCGGUGCCGCUUGCGUGAAUUUUCUUAUGCUCUCGCCAGUAGCAGAGGGUCUAUUUCAUCGUGCUAUUCUGAUGGGAGGCACAGCUCUGUCCGAAUGGGUUCUAACGGCUGUUCCACUUCAUUACAUUCAUUUGGGCGAAGAGUUGAAGUGCUCUACCGAAAAUAUGAUCAACUGUUUGCAAAGGAAACGAAAAGAUGAUAUUAUAUCUGCUUUCAAGUCCUCUCAGGCUUUACCAUUUGAAAACACUUUUACUCCUGUAGUCGACGAAGUGAUUGUUUUGCAGUCACCAGCACAGCAAAUGAAUCAUACUCUUUUUAGCAAGUAUGAUUUAUUAGCCGGUGUUUCGGAAAUAGAGAGCUAUUAUUUAUUAGAAGAUGAUUUUUUAAAACGCGGGUUAUUAUUGGACGAAGCUAGCAAGUUGAUCGAAACGUACACGAAAUUAAUUUACAAAAAAACCCCGGAUAUUGCCUUUGAAAAGACUGUUGAAAAAUAUCUCGGCCAUUUAGCCGAUAAAACGCCUAUACCUGUUAGAAAUUCAGUUCUGGAUGCUCUGAGUGAUAUGCUGGUUACUGCUCCGUUGCUUCAGACUGCGAGAUAUCACGGCAGGACUCCGAAGCAGACAUUUUUAUAUGUUUUUGGUCAUCAUACUACAUCGGAGAAUCAUAUCAAGGUUAAACGAACAAUUUCUGGAGAUGAUUUACCAUAUGCCCUCGGAGUACCCAUUGAUGGGCCGUUUAAUCAUUAUCAGUCCGAUUACAAUGCCGAUGAAGAACGUUUGUCUGAAACAAUGAUGAGAUAUUUUACGAAUUUUGCAAAAACUGGGAAUCCGAAUAUGCCAACAAGUUACGAUUUUUUAACAUUCUCAUCUCAUUUCGAGUUCAAGAAUCAUGCAGUGAGAUGGCCUCGUUUCACAUUGGAUAGGCAACCGUACAUGUAUUUAGGUCUAACGCCUCAAAUCCGGUACCAUUAUCGCGAAGAAUACGACAAAUUUUGGAAUCACGCCCUACCAAACGCGAUUAAAAACAUGAACGACGGUUUAAAGAAUAUAGACGCGGUAGAAAACGACGACGUGAAUUACCCCAUCAACGAUCCAGAUUUUACUUCUUCUCCAGAUCGUCAAACUACUCACAAAAUACCGUUCUCCUCAUCAGAAGCGGUCUCCGCCAAUCAGAACGUUGAAACUGCAUCUAUCACAGCUACAGUCUUGAUAAUACUCGGUGUAUUAUUUCUAUUAGUCAACGUGACCACUAUCGGUAUUAUUUUCUACCAAAGGGGUAAAUCAAAGGUACGAGAUAACCUGUUUCGGAAUCGGUUUCGUUGUAAGGCGAUCAGCGUCCCAGAUAUAUUCGAAGAGAACGCCAACGGCGAUAUUUACGCGAUAGCCGAAAGUCGUCAAAAAGAAGAGAGCGAAAUGAAAAAACCCAAAAGUAAGAAGAAUACGAGUACGUCUAAUUGCGACGAUAAAUACGACGCGAUCAGAGUAGCCAGCGUGAAUCCGGAGGCGAUCAGUGGUAAACGUCUGAAACGAUGGCCUCUAUCGAGACAGUGCAGUGGAAGCACUAUUGUGAUGGACUCGCAUUCUAAGGUCCGAGACUGGAUAGCGAACGAAAUAGUUAGCAAAUGUUCGCCUAGGUUUUUAAGGCGAAAAAAGAAACGAACACCGAACGAGGUGGAUUCAACGGUGGCGAAGGCGACCACUUCGAAAAGAGGCUCACAAGACAAGAGGAAAGUUUCCAUAGCGAUAGACGCUACUCCGGCGGCCAGAACGGGCAGUGUUUUGAAACAGAUCCCAAUCGAAGUUACCAAAUCUCUGGACGAUGGUAAGAAUCCGUUAACGAGUCAGAUGAGGCCAUCAACGUCGAUGAUGUGCAUUCCUAAAAAACCCUCGUUCCUUCGCUCGUACGCUUUCUCGUCCGAAGACAGCGACGAAUACUAUAAUCGUACAGGAACUCAUAAGAGUUCGGCUCAUAUACGUCUAAGAACGCCGGAAUUCUUACUAGACGUUUUGCCGGCUGUAGCUCAUCAUGCUCAUUCCAAAUCCGACGCUUCGCCGGAGCUGCAGGUGGAGGUGGAUUCUCGUGAGUUGCUCUAUACGCCGGUUAACAAGCAAGCUAAAAGACUGAAGAGUUUCGUCGAUUCGUCCAAAAAUACCAGUAUUAACGAUAGCGUAGAAUCUACGUCGCAUUACGAAGAUAUUAACAUAUUAUCGUUGCACGAAGACUUAAACUCGUCUUGUUAUCUAGCUCACGAUCAAUUAUCCAACAUCAAGAGGCGAAAUUACCCAAAGGUUUUGCCCGAUUUCCCCGACAACGAGAGGAAAAACUCGAAAAGGUUGUCUCUACCUUCGAUUAACUUCGAUCCGAAAGGAGCAGAUUUCUCGAAGCAUAGAUCGAGAAUACCUCCUGCUCCUCCUCCUCGAUUAUCAUCGACAUUAGGACGGAAAUCUAGCUUGGAUUCGGAUAAACAAUUCUCUCAUAUCACGGUCCAGCUAAAAAAACCCGAACCGGUUAUCUUAGAGGAGAAAUCAGCCGAUAUAAUACAGACUGAAAGUAGCCAAGUUCCUAGUUCUGAUUAUCCCUCGGAUCAGAAUGAAAAACCUUCGCAAAUACCUCGUUACAAAUCCGACUCUACGAAGCCUGCCAAAGAUGUACGAUCGGUUACAACGAGUACCACAGGCAUACCUAAACUUGUUCCUUAUUCUAAGUCGAAAAAUGGCAAAACUCAAGAUGAAAAAGUAUGAAAAAUGCUUACGCGGUUAUUUUUACUCGUAUAUAGUGAUGUUAUUUGCAGCUCAAUAGGAGCUCAAAUAUCUGUAGAUGUACGAAAGAUGAUAUCAAUCUGUUCGUACGUUUAACUUUCAUUCGGGAAUAAUAAGCCUACGUUCAAUUUUAACUGUUCAAAUUCACGUAACCAAAAAAAAUUCUCCAAUUUGUAGUUCUUUUGUUGUGAUCCCUUUUAUUGACGAGCUAAUUAUUAUUUUUUUAUUCGUAAAUCGUAAACGCGAACUGAUUCAUGUUUGUAAACUAUUUUUCGUGUUUUUAUAAGUUCGAAGUAUUACGCUUGAUAACUUUUAUACCUACUAAAUUAUACGAUUAAAAUUUAAAAUGCAUUUUAAAUAAGUGUUUAAUGUUAGAUUUUUUCCAGUUGAUUUUUUUUAAAAUAAAUUUUUUGUACGAA